AUGACGGCGGCGCCGCGCCAGCCGGGAAAAAAAGGCGUACGGUGCCGAGCAGACGGCAGCCAUUGUUCCGAGGCGCGGAUAUUUGAUAUACUGAUCGCUCCCGUACAUCUCGGGAGCCGCGGCGUGCUAGCUACAGGCUGUAAGUCACCCGCGGAGGCGGCGCAAGAAGUUGUUACGACUGCACCUGGGCGGCGGCCGCGCCGGUCGUCGGCGGUGCCGGGCGCCCGCUGCGCGCCUACAAGCACGCUCUUGCUCCAGCCUGCUGCGUCUGUCCAGCGGCCAGGCAGCAACUUCGGUGGAGGUUGGGCAAGAGAACGCAGCGGCGCGCGUCCCUGUCGCCCGGGGGCAGAGCGUGAGCCGGCGGUGCGGUUUGCGCUGGGCGGCCGCCGCGCGGCCAGCGGCGGAGGCACGCAGACGCAGCUGGCCGCUCCGCUCGUGACCCGCGAACCAGGAAGCCGGCGGGCGGAGCCGCGCGGUGGCAGGUGCGACCCCGCCCAGGCUGCGGCCACGCCGUGCCACGCCGCGGGCCGCGGGCCGCCGGCCGGUGAAAGGCGGCGGCGCGGGAUGCGCAGGGCGGGUCAGCGCGCGCCGCCCGGACCCUCCCCGUCACUACCGCAGCGCGCCCAGCCGCCGGUUCCCGUUGUGCACAAUCCAGCUUGCUACGCCUCUCGUCCGUGCCGUGCCAUACCGGUGGCGGAGAGGUGUGCGUUGCGGAUGAUGCCGCUGGCGAGCGCGCCUAACGGAGCGGCGUGGUGUGCUGUUGCAGAGAGCGAGGGGCAGCCGCGCCGGCCGGCCGCCUGCCCUAUGAGCCUGGUGGCCGCGACGUGGGCCAGCGGCUGCAGCAGCGCGCUCCUUGGCGUCGGCGUCGGCGUGGGGCUCCUGCAGCACGGGCCCGCCGCACAUGCCAUGCGCGAGAAGGACUCGUCGCCGCGCAAGAUGCUGCUCGCGUCGGGCGGGCACAGCUCGCCCAAGCAGGCGGCCGUCUACCCGCUGUCGGUGCGCGUGCCCGAGGAGGGCCGCCAGGCUGCAGCGGCCGCGGGCCCGCCCGACCACCACGACCUGCCCUUCGACCUGUCGCGCCACAACGCGGGCGCGGGGGCGGCGGCCGCGGGCGCCGGCGCUGCGGGGGCGGGCGCGGGCGCCCAGCAGGUGGCGGGCGCGCCGCACAUGUCACCCGCGGGCCACCCGCCGCCGCAGCACGACGACCAGCCACUCGACCUGCGCCUCGACCACAAGAAGGGCGCCAUCGCCGCCGGGCGCCGCCACCAGGUCGAGGACGAGAACCGCAACGUCAUCGUGGGCUCCCCGUCGCCGUCGCCACCCGCCGGACGCGCCUCUUCCGCCUCGUCCGGUGGCAGCGGUGACGAGAACAGAGAACAGAGACAGUCCAGUCCUUCCGCAUCCUCCGUGGCGAACAGCCUCAAAUCCCCCGUGGGCUCUCCCGGCAUAGGCCACUACCCUGUCUUCCUCUCGCACCAGCCCAUUCACCCUCUAAUGCUGGAGGCGAUGUGCCGCGCCAACAAGGAAGGAGCCGGCGCACGGUUACCUCUCGCCUAUCCAGUCAGCCCCCCUGGCUAUCACUCCCCACGAACUCCCUACGCUUUCCUGAGUCCCAAUUCACUGCUCAACGGCCACUCUUCGCCCACCGGUGUCUCGCCAGCGGCCGGGUUCGAAAUGCUGCGCCACCCACUGGCUCAGCAGCAGCAACAGCAACAGCAACAACAACAUGGCGUCGCAGCAUCAGCGGGCGGAAAAAUUAAGGACCGCUACGCUUGCAAGUUCUGCGGCAAGGUGUUCCCUCGAUCUGCCAAUCUGACACGCCACCUACGCACUCAUACGGGGGAGCAGCCGUACAAGUGCAAGUACUGCGAGCGCUCCUUCAGCAUCUCGUCCAACCUGCAGCGGCACGUGCGCAACAUCCACAACAAGGAGAAGCCGUUCAAGUGCCCGCUCUGUGACCGCUGCUUCGGCCAGCAGACGAACCUAGACCGCCAUCUGAAGAAGCACGAGGCGGACGGACCCACGAUCUUGGACGACCCCCGGCGCAGUCCGUCGGCACUGCUGGCGCACCAUCACCAGCGACAGCAGCUGCAGCUCCAGCAGCAGCAGCAGCAGCAACAGCAGCAGCAGCAGCACGCGCGCGUGUUGGGCCCUCUGGCGGAGGACGCUUGCUUCGAGGAGAUCCGCUCGUUCAUGGGCAAGGUGACGGCCGACGGCCGGCUGGUGGCUCCGCCCGCGCUGGCCCUGGGCCGGCGCUGCAUCACGCCGCCGCCCUUCGACGCGUCGGCUGCCGCGCGCUGCGCCAACACCGACGCGGCCAAGCUGGGCCGUUCCUUCUCCAGUAGUGACAAGGACAAUAUGUCUUCCAGAUCGUCGUCGUCCUCGCUGGCCGGGUCAUCACUGUCUCCUCCACGAGUCUCUUCGCCCAAGGACGAUGUCCCUCACAAGUCCCCCGCCAACGACACGACUACCUCUGCACAGGAGGACCGUCCGUCCUCUAACCCACCGUCCAACAAUGGCAGCAGUCAUGCUGAAAACAUUACAGAACCGUCGCCACCACCAGCUUCGCCCAACAACAAUACGUGA